AUGAAAGGCGUGUCCGUCAUCGCCAUACUUGCAUCGGUCGCCAGGGUUGCCGCACGCACCUUCACGGUGACAAACAAUUGCCCUUUCACCAUUUGGCCCGCAAUUUUCACGAACCUCAGCGUUGGCACCGCGGUACCUGACCAGCCCACUGGCUGGGAACAGGGUGCCCAUCAAAGUGUCAGCUUCAACGUCCCGAACAAUUGGGCUGCUGGCCGCAUCUGGGGUCGGCGUGAUUGCAACUUCAGUGUGAACCCCGGUCCAGGCUCUUGCCUCGACGGCGGUUGCAGCGGUGGCCUGCUGUGCGAUCCGCACAACGGCACGGGCGAGACUCCUGUGACCGUCGCUGAGUUUACCCUUUCCCCGAAUACGAAUGGCGUAGACUUUUAUGACGUCUCGCUCGUCGAGGGCUAUAACUUGCCUGUGAGGAUUGACAACAACAAGGGAUGUCGUGUGUCCGAUUGCCCCAUCGACCUGGGGCCUAACUGCCCAGCAGAGCUCAAGGGUCCCUUAAACUCGACCGGCUCCCCCGUCGGGUGCAAUUCGGCCUGCUCUGCCGGCCUCGGCGACCCUACAAACAACCCGAACUGCUGCACGGGUACGCACAGCACCGCAGCGACGUGCCCGCCCUCCGGCGUCGCCUUCUACUCCUACUUCAAGGGAAAUUGUCCGAACUCGAUGAUAUACGAGUACGACGAGUCGAGCGGGACCCCGCUCUGGACGUGUGGCGGUAACCUCCAGCCGGACUACACUGUCACCUUCUGCCCGUGA